AUGAUGAGAAGACGAAACGAAUUCAGCAUCCACAACCUAUCCAUCAUCGAGCCGAAUCGAAAAGUUUGCGCCCACUCCAUGUUCAGCCGCCGACUUGCUCACUGCAUGUUCCAGAUUCAUCGCACCUUCCGCCUUUGGAAGGAUUUCACCGACCAGCGGCUGAUGAUGAAGUUUGUGAGCAGUGCAAACGAAGUCAAACAGAAAUAUCAUGAUGCUCAGCAAGAUUGCAGCAGGACGGACGCGGACGGGCUGGACGAGAAGAUGAAACUUCUCUUGAAGCAUCUCAACGAUCGCGAGCAGAAGCUUGUAAGAGAGCUGCAAGAGAGCAAGGCCGAGCUUGUCAAGUCUAUCAGUGCUCAUAACAGCACCAUCGCUGAGCUUCAGAAGGAGAAGAAGAAAGGAGACGCACUGGAGUUGCAAAACAUCGUCUUGCAGAAGGUAAAGAAAUCCGAACGCUGUGAUAAUGAUGCCCUCGGAGAUGUCGAUGAAGAUGAAUGA